AAAGGACAGAUUGGAACUAGAUGGGCUAAAGGGCUUUUGGGUGGGGGUAUGUAAAAAAAUAGAGGGUGAGCGAGGGAAGAUUUAGUGUAGAACAGAACCAGACAGGCAAAAGAGGAAGAGGCAGAAAGAGGAGGGAGCAAACAAGGUUACUUCAUUUAGAGCUCCUUGUGCAUACGGUGCCGGGGAGAAGUUGUGGGAAAGUAAACAGCACAGGAGAAUUCAAAUCUGUGUUCAACCACUUGCAGCCCUCAAAGGAGACUGUAAAGAUGAGUGUGCUGUGGUAAGAGCAACUGUUUAUGAGAUGUUUCCAGGAUUAAAGGGUAGCCAGGGAGUGCCUGAAGCUUCUUGGAGGACAUAGCCUAGUGCUGCUGACAAGAAGGUGAGACUAGUUGACAACUCUGGUUGUAAGGUGUUCAUCUGAGAGAAAAUGGGGGAAGAAACUCUCUGUGGGGUCGGGCUUUUGCCAAAAUAGCACUCUGCAGCACCAACCUGAAGUAAUGUCGGCCGCAAUAUCUCACCAACCACCAAAAGACGAUGAAGAGGAGGAUGAUGAGCAAGGGGAAGAGUUUAUGUUUGAUGGCAGCACAAAUGAGGAAAAAUCCCAAGAAGACAGUAAAGACAUCAGCUCAGAAUGUAUUACACCUGUCCAUGUGCCAAAACAUGACCACAAUGAGGCAUCAGGUGCUGUAGCUGCAGACGGUGCACAGCUUAUUAAAUCUUCACCUCCUGCUGAAUCACAGAGCAUUGUGGCUUCAGUUCCCACCUCAGAUAUUCCAGUUGCUGAAUCAUCAAACGGGGGCUCAGCACCAUCAGCAGCCGAGUGCGGUGCGUCAGCUUGUUGUAUGCGGGAGGUGCUUCCUGUGGUGCCACUGUCUGAUUCACGAGAUCGCAGCAAAGAGACUGUUCAGGAAAGCUCCGACUCGAGGGACAUCUCAGAAGCUGACACAGAAGCAAGAGCACCAGAGGCUUCUUCAGAAGUGAUCUAUGAUGACGUUCCCAGCGAGGAAGCUCUCUCUCCUCUUGAAGACAUGAUCUAUGAAGAUGUCCAGAGAGAAAGUGGUCCUUUGGAGGCAAACAACGGGUGGAGCUCCAGUGAGUUCGAGAGCUACGAUGAGCAAUCCGAUAACGACGCCAAGCUGCCAGCAAGGAGCAAGCUCUCACCUGAAGUGCAUCGGCUGAGGGAGCAGUGUGCCAGGACCAAACGUGAACUGGCUAUGAGGCUGUCUGGAAAGAACUAUGACAUCAAGGUUCAGCAGCUCAUGAGGGCAGCGAGAACCGGAACGAAGGAUGGGCUCGAGAGGACCAAAAUAGCCGUCAUGAGAAAAGUGUCAUUCCUGCAGAAAAAAGAUCAAAUAGAGGAGGAGGAUGAUGCUGGUUACCUGGAUGUGGCUGUGUCAGAAGUGAAGCAUCCUCCCCCACAGCUGAGCCCCAUGCCAGAAGGCCUGACCAACCACCAGGUUGUCAGGCGCCAUAUCCUUGGCUCCAUCAUUCAGAGCGAGCGGAGCUACCUGGAGUCUCUCAGGAGGAUCUUGCAGGAGUACCACAGACCGUUGAUGGAGGCUGAGCCACGCAUACUGAGCCCGAGGAAGAUCCGGCCCAUUUUCUACCGAAUCAGAGAGAUCACACAGUGCCACUCCAUGUUCCAGAUUGCACUGGCCUCCCGAGUGGCAGAGUGGGACAGCAGUGAGAAAAUCGGAGAUUUAUUUGUUGCCUCGUUUUCUAAGUCCAUGGUGCUGGAUGUGUACAGUGAUUAUGUGAACAACUUCACCAAUGCAAUGGCUCUCAUUAAAAAGGCAUGCAUGUCCAAACCAGCAUUCCUGGAAUUUCUGAAGAGGAAACAGGCCUCCAGUGUUGACCGGAUAACUCUGUAUGGACUGAUGGUGAAGCCCAUUCAGCGAUUCCCCCAGUUUAUUUUGCUCCUGCAGGACAUGCUUAAGAAUACACCAAAGGGCCACGUGGAUCGUCUUCCCCUGCAGCUCGCACUGACAGAGUUGGAGACACUGGCUGAGAAACUGAAUGAACAGAAGCGAGUAGCUGACCAGAUUGCAGAGACUCAACAACUGGCCCGCAGCGUUAGUGAUCGUCUGUUCAGUAAGCAACUGAACUCGGAGCAGAGGUCACUGGUCCUUUGUGAGACACUUAUUGAGACAGUGUACGGCGAGCGGGGACAAGUCCUGAAGUCGAAAGAGAGAAAGGUCUUCCUUUUUGAUGAUCUGCUCAUCUGUGCCAACAUAAAUGUCAAAGGACCUCCAGAUAUUAGCAGCCUUGUUCCUGUUGGCCCCAAGUACACCAUGAAGUGGAGUGCCCCCAUUCAGCAUGUGCAAGUAGUAGAGGUUGGCCAGGAGAACUCUCAAAACAAAGACACCUUGUUUCUUCAGAGUGGGGCUAAGAGGGCAAGUGGUGCCUGCAAUUCAGGUAAAGCUUUCCUGGGCCCUCCACGGCUGUACCACGAACUGCAGGAACUACAGCAUGACCUUUCAGUUGUGGAAGAGGUUACUCUGCUUGUGGGCACACUACAGGGGACAUACCAGAACCUAAACACCACUGUGUCCCAGGACUGGUGUCUGGCUCUGCAGAGACUUAUCCGCAUCAAAGAAGAACAAAUCCAGUGUGCUAACAAGUGCCGCUUACGCCUGCAGGUGCCCGGCAGGCCAGACAAGUCUGGCCGUCCAGUUAGUUUCAUGGUGGUCUUCAACACCCCCAACCCCCUUAGUAAGAUCUCCUGGGUCAACCGACUGCACUUGGCCAAGAUUGCACUACGAGAGGAGAAUUCACAAGGCUGGUUAUACGGAGAAGAUGAGGGGAAGACAAUAGUACCAUUUUCAUGUCCACUGCUUGCCUGUCACAUGCCUGUUUUUGCUACAAAGUCAGCAGAGAGAAAGCUUGAAACUGCCCUUCACAACCCUGUUAACUGUGCAUUGUUGGGCUUCUCUGCGGCAAGUACCUCUUUACCUCAAGGCUACCUCUGGGUGGCUGGUUCAGGUGAAGGUUUUCAAGGCCACAUAGAGAUUUUUUCCCUCAACAGGCCUACACCAAGGGCUGUGAAGAGCCUACAGAUAAGUUCUGCUAUUAGAUGCUUGGAGUAUGUGCUGACGCCUUCAUCAGCAGAGGAGGAUGACACGGGAGUUCAUAAGGCUGCCACAGGGACUGGUACCAGCAUCUGUGUUGGAUUAGAUGAUGGCCGCAUUCUGGUCUAUGGGAGCGUGGACACUGCAGCACAAUGCCUCCUGACCCUCCACAACCCAGAGGGGUGCCCUGUACUGUGCCUGAAGCACUCCUCGCGCUUCCUAUUUGCAGGGUUGCAGAAUGGGACAGUGAUGGUUUAUGGAAGAAAUAGCAAUGAUGAUCUUUGGGACCCCGAGUCUUCAAGAUGUGUAAGCCUGGGAGUGGAGCCGGUUUGUACUUUGCUGGUGCUGGAUGAAUCUGUGUGGGCAAGCUGUGGGAACUCUGUCACAGUCAUGAAAAUGUCUACCCUUACAACUCAGAAAUUUGAAGUCCAUCCAGACCCGAUGGUCAGCGUUACACAUGUGGCCUGUGCAGGUGGAGGAGUGUGGAUGGCCUUUUCAGAGGGCUCUUCCAUCCGUCUCUUUCAUACGGAAACACUGGAGCUUCUGCAGGAAAUCAACAUUUCAACACGCUCAAUGCUGCAAAGCACUGGUCAAAAGAACAUGCGGGUGACAAGUCUUCUAAUUUGCCAAGGGUUGUUAUGGGUGGGCACAGCCCAAGGCUUAAUCAUCACUCUUCCGGUUCCAAAACUGGAGGGCAUCCCCAAAAUAACAGGAAAGGGAAUGAUCUCCCUAAAUGCUCACUGUGGACCAGUGGACUUUCUCGUGGCAACCAUCAGCACUCUGUCUCCUGAUCUGCUCAAGAGGGAUUCUGUUGGAGAUGGACCAGACUCUGCCUGCGGAGGUGAGGACCGAAGCGACACCUCGUCUCUGGAAUCCUUGCAACCUUCCGGUUGCUACAAAGCAGAAGAGAAAGGCAAAGGACGGGGCGUUCUGCUGCAAUACAGGCUGCGCUCUACGUCAGGACUGCCGGGACGGCCGCUGACAGCACAGGGCGACGAGGCGUCCGACUCCUCCCUGGAGUCUCUGGAGCACAGCGUGGAGGACGGAUCUAUCUACGAACUCAGCGAUGACCCAGAGAUGUGGGUUCGGGGACGUCCCUGUGAGAGGGACGCGGUGCGUAGAGACAGGGUGAUCUCUGCUGCAGUCAUAUCAGGAGGAAAAGGUUUUCGUAGACUGAAGGAAGGAGCUGCAGCAGGUUCCAGGACAAGUGGAGACUGUUUAGAAAAUAUUCUUAUGGUAUGGCAGCUCCCACUGACAGUGUGAUAUGUAAAAAAUACGAGAUAUGUAUUUAUCGAAAUCUACUCAACUUUGCCUUGAAUCACAUGCUUCACAAAUACAGCAGAUUUGAAUGUAUGAGAAAACUCUGCCACUGUUACAUAGCUUGGUGUUAUAUCAUUUUAGCCUGAGGAUAAAGGACGACUUGUUGUUUGUGACAGGCACUACUAGUCUAGAAAGAUGUUAAAUGUUCAGGAUUGUGUAUCAUCAUCUAGCCAGCUGUGGCAGAGGUCACCUCAGAUUAGUUCCAUGCCAUCAUACUUAUCUGGUUUCUCUUCCUGCCUUUGUUGGGACUGAUUUGCCUCACUUUACCCUCAUCAAGGCUGCAUGUGCUCUGCCACAUUUAAUAAAUUCAGAGGUCUUCAAAUAAGAGUGUCAAUGGACAAGACAUGUUUGGGAAGAAGCUUUUCUAGAAUCCGCCAUGCUCCACAGAGUUAGAAAUGGAUGCGUUCUGUAUGUGAUCCUGUGGUAGAGAUCUCAUCUAUUUUAGAGCUGGAAGCUGAAGGCAAACAUUAUAUCAAAAGGCACGUUAGCAUCACUUUAUUAGUGAUGCAUUUAUGUUUCAUCCCGUAAAAUGUGAACAGAUAACACCUCCUAAUAUGUAUGAAAAAAUAGUCUGUGUGUUUCUAAAAAAUUACAUCUUUCUGCUGUUAUGUCGCAGUUUUUAGAAAUAACAAAUGUUUUGCUCUGAAUAUCUUGUCAACCUUUUUAUUUGACAUGUCAGUACAAACCUUGGAAGUACAACAACUGA